AUGAUUAAAUCAAUAGUAUCAAAUAAAACUUUAAAGUUUUUAAAUAGAUCAACAUUGGUUUCAUCAAAUAAAAAUUCGAAUAUUUUAAAUAAUAUUAAUAAUAAAUAUUAUUGCCAAUGGAAUAAAUAUAAUCAAAAUUAUCAAAAUAAUAAAAAUCAAAAUAAUAAUAAUAAUAAUAAUAAUGGUUUAAAUUAUUCAACAAAAAAUCCAACAACUACAACUACAACAACAACAACAACAACAACAACUAAUUCAAUUAAUUCAACAAAUUCAACAAAUAAAAAAUUUAAAAAUUAUAAUAAAAUUAAUUUUAAUAUUGGUAAAAAUCAAGAAGAAGAAUAUAAAGUUGAAAGUAUUUUAAAAGGAAUUGAAGAAUAUCCAAAUUCAGCAUUUUAUUAUUAUUUUCUUUAUACGAAAUUAUUGGAAAUGAAAGAAAGUUCAAUUAAAUUAUUAGAUGGUAAAGAAGUUGAUUUAAAAUAUUUAUUAAUUAAAACCAUAGAGUAUCAAGAGAAUCAACCAAAUGCAGAUUUAGAAUUCAUCUCUUAUAAUUAUUAUGAGCUUUGUAAUUUAUUAAAAGGAUUUCUAAAUGAAACUAUUGAUAUCAAAGGUAAAUCUUUAAAUAAAUUAGAUUUGGUUUUAUUAUCAUUGGAUAAAGAUAAUACAAAUACAUUCUCACUAGAAAUGAUUCAAAAUUAUAUGAUUGCAUAUGGUGUUCAAUCCAUUUCACUUUUAAAUGGUGUUGGUGAAAUUAAUUUUAAAAAAAAUAUGAAUAAAAAAUUAUUUGUUCCAAAAAAGAUUUCAAUUUCAACAAAAAAGAAAUUAAUUAAAAUUAUUGAAAAAAAUGAAAAUAAAUAUGUUGUUGAAGAUUCAUUAUUUAAAUUAGUAUCUGCAAUGCGUAAUAAUGAAAAAGUUGAAUUACUUGGUGAUACAUUGGAUAAAAUUGAUAUUGCAAAAAGAUUAAUGCAAACUCAUGGUGUUAUUUGUAAUAAACUUUCAAAUGCAUAUUUGGUAACUUAUUUAAUUUUGAAUGAAUUAAAUCAAGAUUCAUUUCAAUCACCAAUUGAUGGUAGUGAAAUCACUCAAAAACAAUUAUUAAUUUCACAUAUUGAAAGAACUCCAAAUAAUCCUCAAUUUCCAUCAAUGGAUACUAAUUAUUUUAGUUAUUAUAUUUUAUCAACUCUAUUGGAUGGUUUUACAAAUGAUUUCGUUGUUAUUGAUGGUAAAAAAUUAAAUAAAAUUGAUCUCAUUUUAAAAGCUUUUGAUAUAAAUGAAGCAAGUGAAUCCUGUAAAAAAAAUUUAGAACUUUAUUUAUAUGGUUAUGGUAUAGAUUCUUUAAAAUUAUUAAAUGGUAAAACUGCUUCAUUAGAUCAAAAUAAAGAACUUCAAAUUGUAUAA